GUGCAACAUGCUGGGUGAGGCAAUGAAUAUGCUCAACCUUCUCAGAUAUUAUGAGCAAUGGCGCACAACACCUCAAGCAAAUACAUCUCCCUGUGUGCUCUGUGUACUAUGCAGACAAAAAGCAGUGGUGCACACAAGGAUACCUUUAACAUCAACUCACAACUCUCACAUUAGACUAAACGCUAAAGAAAUUAAAUAUUUGUAGUCAACAUUACUGCUAAUUAUCGCCAAUCAAAGCAAACAGCAUAGAAAGCUUCGUUACAUAGAUUCCCAGUGUAUGGGAUCCACACAUCUUUUUUUUUUUUUUUGACAACUAUACAAUAGACACGCAAGUUUUUGUGGAAGGUUGUACCAUUCCAUUACAUGACAGCUAUUCUCGAUUGCUUAUCAUUUCGUUAAAGCACGCAAAUAAAAGUCUCUCCAAUGGCCUCUGAGUAACUGAAGUCACAAGCUGCUACUCUGUUGGUGGUAUUAGGCUUUCAUGCUUUCCUACAAUUAUUGAUGAAUUGUAGUGUUGGAUUCAUGGUGUUCAAGAAUGACAAGCUUUGGAGCAGUGACAUCCCAGGAAGCUGUUUUUUUGUCUAGAAUAAGCACUGCAGAAGCUUACAGUAAUAGGUCUAGACAUAAUGAGGCAUACAAAUGCUGUACAGGGUAGAAAAACAAAUUUACAUGAUUUCCAUUGGUCACUGGUUUCUGCUCCACUCUGCUGCAAUUCAGGAGCGUGUUAAUGGCUUUUUGCCUCAAAUUCUUUUUCCACACCAAUGUAUGUUACCUACAUUUCGGGGUGCAUAGUUUGAAAGUGCGAAACAGGAUGAGCAAAUCGAAUGAUGCUAUUCUGGAUUUCAAUUCACUCAUCCUGUCGUUACCUUGCCUCAUGUCCAUUUUUUUCAUGCUGUAUAUAUACCAUGAAGUCUUACGAACACGCCCAAGUUUCUAUGCUGUUGAACAAUUCAAGGAAUGAAUAGGGAUAGUAGGAUAUUGAAUUUGUUAGUCUAAAGUUCUAAAUAUUUACACACCUCUCUUGGAUGUAAGGAGCACAAAAUCGUGAGCGAGCUACUGCAUCACUGUUGUUAAAUGCACUGGAAAACAGGUGUGGACAUAAGGUGGAAAAAAAAAAAAAAAAAGAAGGAAACAGUACUUAUGACUGAUUUGUUUCUAUUCCUAGGAAUACUUCUAUUCCUAGGAAUAGCUUUUGCACAAUUGAUAAAACCUUCACAAUGGAAAAGGUAAAUUGUCAUAGCACCUGCUGCUCUCAUCCUUACAUCGCUUUCUGAUUGUAAACUACUUGGCAGAGUGUGUUUGCUCCUCCAUGGACUGCAUGCUAUUUUGCAUGCUGAACGUCCACAAAGGCUGUCAAACAGCCUGUCAGUCAGGGGCUAGAUGGUCUUUGCAGAAAGCCAUACAUGAUGCCGCAUGGGUUUCAAGUGCAACACUACUACUACCUGUUUAUGUGCAGAGGCCUGCAGCAGUGUUCCAGAACAAGUGGGUGGUGAAGAGGCUGCUGCAGCACCAGUGGUGCUCAGCCCAGCUGGGUAUGAGAAGGGCAGCCACCAAGUGGGUGGCGAAGAGGCUGCUGCAGCACCAGUGGUGCUCAGCCCAGCUGGGUAUGAGAAGGGCAGCCACCAAGUGUCUUGCGAGCGACCACGCAAAGGCCGCAUCUGCCCAUCUUCUAUAGAUCCAGGAGGGGAUGCUAGCCAUAGUCCCAAUCAAGGAAAAUUGGCUGUGGAAGCAAAUAACGCAGUGGACCCUUGCAGAAAGAGUAGACUUCGCCAGCAGAGGCCAUCUCCUCCAAGUCCUGCUAAGAAAGGUCGCACAAAGCCAGCAGGAGCAGGGGAGCAGAAGCAAAGUUGCCAGCCAGAGUCCAAAUUUAAAAGCAUCCAAAGUGAGUGCAGCAUGCAUGACAUGGUGCAAAGGAUUGUACAGUCACCUCGAAAAGGAGCAGUAGCACCUGUUGUUUCCCCCCCGCCAGUUGAAGAGCGGCAAGAACAGCGGUACCCUUCGAGAAGGAAACGAGAGCAGUCUGCCAGUGAAGAAAUGGUCACUGCUUUACAGUCUGAAUGCACAGUAGCCAUAAUCAAUGACAAGAAAGAGUUGUGUGAUGCAGAAAUAUGCCAAACAACACCAGCUGACCACCAGGACAGAACUGCUGAGAAAUGUAAAUUUGUGAGGGAGAAACAUGCAUGGAUAGAAAAUCAGUCCCCAGGACUUAAGACUGCACCUAGAAACACACGGAAAAAAAACAAGAGAUCAUCAUCAGCCCCUAUGGCAUUAAGCAAAGACACCAUUGCUGAAUCCAGCCCAGUAGAUCCAAGCCAGCAAACCUUACUGCAGCAUUCAUCAGGGCCUGCUCUGUCAAACUUCGAAAAAACAAGCAACCCCAUACAAUGCUCUGUAGUAGAAGGGAGUGAAAACAGGGGAAAGCCAUUACGAAUGCUCAUAACAAGGGCUGGCACGACAAAGAGUGUCAUCUCUUGCAACCGUGUAAAUAUGCGAUGUGAACCAUUACCUGAAAAUGCUGCUGCAUGCCAUUUGAACACUUCAUCUACUCAAGUGCCUUGUAAUGUGCUAUCAAGUGAACUAGCACUUCAAUCAUCUACCUUAAAGGAUCGCCAGCCAGACACAAAAGAUACCCAAAGCUCAAGCCAUUUGUUAGAAGCACAAGUUGGAGAUGACCUUUAUGAAACACUAAACAAAUUACAUAUAACAGAGGCGGAUAGUAGGAAAAAAGUAAUGGAGACGGAUAGUGAGAAGGAAUGCCUUAGCUCAGUGCACUGUGACACAAUACCAGGGUGUGAAACAUCUGAAAGCAAUGCACCCACUUUGGAGGAACAAGAUUGUAAUGAUGAAUGCUUAAAUAAGGAUACUGAUGUGGGAAAUUAUAAUACAAACAUCGAGGAAAACACGUCAUCAGAAAAAAAAAGUCUUCAGCCAGCAGCUGCAAUUAUGCAAGAUGUAGAACAAAAAGCACUAGAAGAACAUUUGAGUGCUUCAACAUUUCCUGCUGGACACAAUGCCACUAGCACAAGUAGCAUGAUGGCAGGUACAUCUAGCAGCCCCACAACUACAAGACCAUCUGCACGUAGACCACUGACACUAGCAGAAAUGACAAGUGCCGUAGAAUCCAUUCUUCAAACAACAGAGCAAACACUGGCCAUGAGUGAACAAUGUCAUGACAUGCUCGAGACUGAUGCCAACCUCAUUGACAAAAAAGAAGUUGACAGUGCUACCGACAGCCUUUUAAAAGAGAUGAGUGUUAACAAUGAAGACAUCAACUUCCAGCUCAUUACCUCUUGCAUGCCAGCACAACAGGACAAAACAAUUGAAUGUGCGACACCAACAACUCUACAUAAAAAUGAGAUUCCCAGUGACGACAAGAGAGACUGUGGAGGCAAAGAAAUCAGAGUAAAAAGCACUCCCGAGUCACUUAAUUAUAUGAAAUUGUCCCAAAGAGAAUUAGCCAUGUUUGAAACACAAAUCAGCAUUUCACAAAAUGAAGACCUUACCUGCAGCAAGAUACCGUGCAGAGAUGAACUUUCUGGUACACGAGUGCCAUCAGAAGCAUUACUUACCAAAGGAAAAGUGUUGGAUCCAGGAGCACAAUUAAACACACCUAACAGUUCGCCACAAUGCUUUGAUGCUAUAGGGUUAAAUUCAGUCAUUAAAGAAACCAAAUCCAGCACAACUUCAGAGUGUGGCACACACCAGCAAAAAAUAUCUGAACAGAGCACUUUCACUGAAAGCAGUACUACACUUCCAACGGAAUGCUUAGAAGACAUAGAUACUAAAAGAUCAUAUGAGGGUACAAGACUGACAUGCACACUUACAGAAGCUUCAAAACAUGAUGGUACACGGAAGAAAUUAAACAAUAGUGAAUCCUCACAAAUCUUCAAUGCCGAAAUUUCUGUGCAAGUGCCCGAGAUUGACCAGAAUGUAAAGAUCGAACAUGAAGCAGUAGAAAUGGGCGAUAAAAAUUCUCUUCUGGAGAGUGCCUUCAAUCAAACAACCUUUCAACCUUUACUUGAAACACAAGCUAAACAAGAUGAUGGCCAGAAAGCACUGACAAGACCCCAGUCUUCAAACUGCCUUCAUUUUGCUUGUGAAGACAAUAAUGCACCACACAGUCUUGUAUAUGUGCCACCUCUUGAAACAGCACUGAAACAGAGUGCAGGUGUAGAACUGUUCAGUAACUUAUCACUGACAAUUUUACAAGAAACACUUAACACGCACGCAAACAUUACAGAAAAAGGUUCUUGUUCUGUUGAUAACGCAUCAAAAUCAGCAGAGGCACUGGAAACACCUGCACAAGAAGUGGAGCUGAGUAGAGAACAGCUGACCAGAAUUACAGAAGUGUCCACGAGCUCUCAUGGUAGUGAUAAUGCAACUACGAUAACAAGCCCAUGCAGUCCACUUUAUAACAUAAAACCUGGGGAAGGCAGGGAAAUGGACACUUCUAGUUUCGUUCCAGAGCUGCUUUCACUGAACUCGGAUGAACAAAGCACGCUUAUACAUGCUGAUCAGUGCAAGCAGCUUGACCAUCACCAUGCCUCAGAGGACCACAAGCUGUCCAAUAUGUCUGUGGAUGCUGAUACACCAGCAAUGCUUUCACCAAGCAAGAAUGCAGCCAUUAAAGUAGAUAACAGAUGCUUCAGCUACUUGCCUGAAGAGCAAUCAACCACAGGAUCAGGCUCAAACGAGCAUCUUCAAAAUGAACGAACAAAUACUAAAGCAUUGCCAGGUGCUCUUCUGAGAGUUCCCAGCAAAGAAGAGAAACCAGGAGAUGAAACCUCAAUUGACAGCUUGAAAUUACAGGAAUCUACUGAAAACACAAUGCUUGAAAUUAUUGAGAAAGCAGCGGUGGUCACCAGAAUUGCAGAAUGUACAUUCUCCAAUGUUGGGACUACUGGUGAGCCAUCUGACAGAAAAAAAGAUGUGCUCCACUUUCCACAAGAUGAAGACAGACAAAGGGAAAUGCCAGAAGAGAUCACUCUUCAACACCACGCAACUUCCUCACCACUGGACAAAUCUAGAGACAAAGAUGCUAUGUCCACGUAUAUCACAAACCAAGAUGUUAGCCUAACCAGCUGCGAAUUGCCUAAACUUCAAGACAAAUGCAUCUCAGAAGCACUUAACAGAGAAACUGGUGUGAAUUUGGACAACUCUAAUGAUGCCAUGAAUGCAAGCGUUUCAGACAGUGCAAUCACGAGUUCAAUGCCCUUGAUAUUAGUGGUUUCUGAAAGUUCAUCAGGCUGCUUGGCCAACAUGCAUAAGCAAAAAGAAAAAGCUCAAGCUGUAGGCACAAUAUCCUGCAGCUUAGGUGCUGGCUUCACAGUGACACAGCAGCAGCACUACCACCAUCCCCAAGAUGCCUCCGGUUCGGGGAGCUGUGACUCAACGACUGAGCCUUGCAAUGCUUUACAGCAUUCAACAGCUGUGUCAGUCAAAAAAUGGUUGGGAAUAUGCCCCGAUGCUAACUCAGUCACAAGCGUGUCAGAAAAAGGGCAACAUUAUGACGAGACUGUUCAAGCACCUGACAGCACAAACAUAGAGUGUAAUGUGCUUCUUCGUACUGGUUUUUGCCAUAACUCUGCAAAUGUAAUGGUACCAGUACAAGCAUACUCAUCACCAAGUAUACAAGACACAAAGGAAUUGCCCUCCAACAUUAUACCAUGUUCUAAUGCCUUGAAACUUACUGCAAUUUCUCAGUUCUCCCCAGUACAUGAAAAUGAUGUAGACAUUCCGAAUAAGCCCAUGCAAGGUGAUGCACAAAUGCAGACAACUCAAGACAGAAGAGCUGCACCAGAAAAAGCUACAAAUAUGGUUAGGUCUGUUUCUGGUGGUGGAGAGACUAGGGACAACAUUGGUACCAUGAAAUCAGAAUCAACUGUAGGUGGUGCACAUGGCAAUUUCAGCCCUGUGCAAAGAACACUUGAAAACAAAGAUAAUUUUGAUUACACAAGUGUAUCGUGUGUGUGCUCUGAGGAAGGUAACUUGGCCAGCACUGGAGAGCAAUUUGCCACUGCCACAGAAGUUAAAGAAGACAUAAAAGAUGCUGCAUCAGAACUUAAACAGAGUGCCAUCACAAUAUGCGAGGUUUCACCUGAACUGAAAAAUACUAAGAGAACAGAGGUGACCGACAGCAUGCACAUGGAUUCACCGUCUGAGAUUUUGUCACAAAAACAUGAAUGUGUUGAAGGAACAAGAGAAACAAUGGCAGGCGUCACCAAAGUGAUCAUGGUUCAUAGCAACAAGGACAACACAACAGCAACUGAACAGCUGUUAGAGGACGAAAACAAUUCUUUGAAAAAAUGCACAACUGAUAACGAUGAAAACAAGCUAGGAAUGGGAGGGAGUCCUCACCUUCAUGGCAUAUCACCUGAACAUCCACCUUCCACUAUGUCUGUAGCUAUACCAUGCAUGGUACAUGAAGCAAAUGCACUUUCUCAAUAUUUUCCACAGGAAUCCACAAACAUCUUGGUUCCUGAACACUCAGAAGAACUUCACAUUGAUGUCAGACGUGAACGAGAAGCUAGAAAAGAAUUUGAAAGUGCUGAAUUUGGUGGACUCGAAGAGUUGUGCACAAAAGAACUCAUUGAUGACUCAAAUGAUCUAAAUGUCACUGGAUCCACCAACACAUCAGUGAAGGCCAGACAAACGAUUCCCCAAGGUGCUGAAACAAACUGUGUUCCUCACAGCAGCACUUUAAGAAAAAACGAUUCAGCACAUUCAAAUUUAUCAUCCAUAGAAAAGUGCCUAGAGGAUGGCAUAAGACCUCAAGAUGUUGAAACAGUGCCGAUUUCUCGAAAUACAGCAAAUAUGGAGCGUGGCAAAACUGAGCAGACGAAUGUGAAGGGCAUUGAGAACAGCAGCAGUUCUUAUUCACUAAAGAAGACAUGUUUCACUGGGCUGUAUUCAACUCUGGGACCAGAAAACUGGCAGCCUGAACCAAGCAAUACAGAAUACACCACAACUCCAUCUGUACACAUAGGAAAGGACGACAGCCGGACGACCGAACUUAACUAUACACACACCUCCACAGACAUGACUCGUGGCACAGCCUGUUCAGGGAACACUACAGGGGUGGAAUAUUCAAUUGCAGCACAUGCAGUAUCGCAAAUUCCUGCUACUGAAUGCAUUAACUUGGCACAGCUAGAUGUUUCCGAUAGUGAUGAAACGGUGGAGAGACAUACUCCUACAACACUGGAACGUGAUUCUCCCACCAAUGCUGAGCAUUCCAAUACGUCUGUAGAAACUGUGAAUAGCUCGGUGAACUUUACUGUUCGGGAUGACUUAUUGAUAGAAUGCACCGCAGGCAAUCGACAGCACUGCGCCCUUUUACCAGCUGAAGAUGUCGCCAAGGGCUCGGAAAUUCAAGGCAAAGAAUAUAUCCUCAGUAGCCCGUCCAACAGCACUAGUGGAAACGUUAGCAGCUUAAUUUACAACAGCAAAGGGACCAAAAAAGAUUCAAUACAAAUGGAAGCGCAGCACGGCGCCGACCUCUUGAGAGCAUCAGGAGCAGAUGGUGUGGACAUUGAUGUUGCUACAAUGCGUUCGAUGGAAUUCCCAAGCCGUUCGGAGUCCCAAAAGAAAAAUGCGGUGUCAAACACAUGCGGUGGUGACACUUUCAAUAUUUUUGCUUCUCCGAAAAGCAGUGUCGAACGGCGGUUUACGGGCGGCUGCAACAACCCCGAAGCUCAGCCACGUGAAGCGUACGAUCCCUUUCGACAGAACUGCGGCAAGUCCCACGCUAGCGCCGGUCUUCAGCACGAAACACGGGAGACAAAGAGAAAUGUUCUAGAUCGUGGUGACCCAAGUGAUAGUAGUGGGGGCACCAGCUGUUCUGAAAGUGAAGAGCACGAAAUGGCGCGCCUACGAGGUCGAGGGGUGCGCAAACAGGUGGCUGCUCGUGCCGCCAAGGAGUCAUCAGAAGCAUCUUCUGAUGGGGAAGGCAGUGAGGCUGGAAACCGGCGGCUGCGGAAUGGUCGCCGCGCAACACCAGAGGAGCCUCGGGUGAUGCGGCGUUCAUCACGCAACCGCAAAGCAGCCACUGAGGGAAGUCCCAAGGAAGAUUCAGAUGCCGCCACCGAACCUGAGAGCACGCCAGGGAGCCCACAACUGGAGGAAGGCCAGGUGCUGAGCCCUGUGCAUGAAGAGGAGGAGCAGCCUGUGGGUAAGAAGGCGUCAAAGGGUAGUUCAAGCUCAUCAUCAUCGGAGUCAUCAGAUUCAUCAGACGCGGAGGAGGAACUGGUGGGCCGGAGGGGCCUCAAGGGUGUGCUGGUGUCAUCUCCAGGGCGAUGCCAGGAACCCUCAGAAGAGCCCCGUUCGCCCCCCAACAGCGAGCCACCACAAGAGGAGGGUGUCAAGAGCCAGGAGGAGCGAGCUGAAGUGGAGACUGCUGAGCCUGACCAGCGUCCACCGCAAGAGGAGAGGCCAGCGAAAGAACACAUUCCUGAGGAUGUAGAAAUGAAGGAUGAUGACGAGAGCCAGCCAGCAGCAUCGGAGGCAUCGCCACCCAAGUUUAAAACCAGGAGGAUUUCGACUGCGGCCUUGAAAAAGGAUUCUGAAGAUAAGGAGGAGCGGCCACAGCGGAAGCGCAGAUGGGGCUCCACAAAUGUUGUUCUUGGUCCUUCAGUAAGCAUUUCUACUGCUGCACUGAAGGACCUGAUACCUGAUAUUGAAGAGCCACUGUCCAAGCCCAAAGAGCUUGAAGAGGAGCAUGUCACUGCAUCUGUCGGAGAGUCGCCAGUUGCAGAGCUUGAGGAGACGUCUGAUGAGCCACCAGUCAAACUCCAGGUUGUAGAUGAUGAAGCUACUAGUGAAGAAGUGCCACCCUGCAAUGACAAGACAGAAAAUAAGGAAACGAGGGAAGAUGGAGAGCCUAGUCACAGUGAGAAAUCUGCGAAGGGUGAGAAGGUUUCGAGAGAUGAGAAACCUAAAGAUGAUAGAUUGCCCAGGAGUGAGCGCAUUCCUCGAGAUGAAAAGGAAAAGCCCCUUGGCAGGGAGGAGAAGGCAGUUAAAGCUGACAAACCUCCGAGAGAAGUUAGUAGAGAUGAUAAGCUAGGAAGGCAUGAUGCAAACACAAAGGAAAUGAAAGUGGCCAGAGAAAGAGCGUCGCCAAUUACAGCACCCAGUGCUGAGCGCAAAGCUCUCCGUGUGAUCUCUGACAGAGCGCCCUUGUCUAAAAGGCCUGCUGCAAGCAAGGAUGAAGUGGGCCAGCGCAAGUUGGCAAGCCCACCAAGGAAUCCCAAGAGCCGAAUUUUAUUUGUGCGCAACCUUGUGCGGCCUUUUACGUUGAAUCAGCUGAAGCAGUUGCUUCAAGAAUUUGGAGACACUGUUGAUUCGGAGUUCUGGAUUGACAAGAUCAAAUCCAAAUGUUUUGUAACUUAUGUAUCGGAGGAAGAUGCUGUCAAAGCUCGAGAAGCACUACAUAACCUGCGAUGGCCACUCUGCAAUCCUAAAAUCUUGCAUGUGGAUUUCUCAUCACUUGAAGAGAUGGAACGUCAAAAGGAGCCUCCCACGCCACCGCCACCACCACCUAGGCCAGCAGCUACAACAGAACGGAGUGUCCCAGCAUUUCAGCGCACUGUAGAGGUGGACAACCGUCUGCCAGCUGGACGUGAAGUAUUGCGUGACCCACGAGAAGUUUUGCGAGACCCCAGAGAGCCCCGGGAAACUAGGGAUCCUCGAGAGCCUAAGGACCCUCGCGAGGCUCGGGCCACUCUUUCAGCGCCCCCAGCACGCUCUGAUAGGACACACCCCACCCACCCCAACCCACCCCCCACCCCAACCUAA